AUGCCUCUUAACCGAGAGCUGUUGGCGUCCGUGAAGCUGGAGGCUGUGAGUGAAUCGGACUGGAUAGAGGAGGGAUACGAUAAAGCGAAUGACAGUCGCUCCGCCGGCGCGGACGGCUCUGUACAGGGUGCUUCUCCCAACACCGACGGUAAUGACGAUCAAAACGCAGCCACCAAGAAGGUAAUUCACUGCUUGAAAAUAGCACUAGAGCGCGUGAUUACGAGCAUCUCUCUUCCGGAGAAACGUCGGCCAUUGAACCCACAGAAGGACUUUUCCAUUGCAUCAACGAUCAACUUCAGCGCGUCUCGCCGGGCCGAGACGAUCGCCUGCUGCGGGCCCAACGCCGCUAGUGUGAAGAAGGCGCGUGGCCAGCAGAUGAGAGAUUCCCGCACACCAAUCAUCGGUGGUCCCAAUCGGCAAGGAAACCGCCUACGAGGCGAGGCGUCUCAUGUUCUCCCCAUGGACGAAGCUAUGUUGAGGUCAGAGGACAACAUUGACCGCAACUACAGCGGUUUGACAACAUCCGGAGGGAUCUUUGAGUCUACUGUCACCCGGGAGAACCGCCUUCAUCGGUCGCUGACACGAACACAGACGCUUGUGGACUUUUCGACAGAUGACGAGGACGAUGAAGACGAGGAAGCCAUUCCGCCUGCGAGCUUCACCUUCACAGAUUUCUCCCCGAUGUGCUACCGCCACAUCCGCGAGUUCUUUCACGUAGACUCGACGGCGUACUGUGACGUGCUGUGCAACAGUCGCUGGCACAGCAUCCCCACACCCGGUAAGUCGGCUGCGCAGCUCUUCUUCUGCGGCCGCGAUUGGGUGAUAAAAACGAUGACGGAGCAGGAGAGUAACUUUCUAUGCAAAAUCCUACACCGGUACUAUUAUCACGUGCGCGACAACCCUUUCACACUUCUCCCGCACUUUGUGGGUCAUUAUCGACUUCGCAUCGGCAGGAACACACACAUCUUCAUCAUAAUGCAAAACGUCUUUGCGACCACCAAUACGAUCCACGAGAAGUUCGACCUGAAGGGCAGUACAAUCGGCCGCUUUGCCUCUGACGCUGAGAAGCGCCGGACAACGUUCACGCAGAAGGACCUCGAUAUCAAUAGUCCGAUGCACCUUGGCAUGGAACGGCGGCUCUUGCUGAUUGACCAGGUCAAGAAGGACUGCGAGUUUCUGAAGCGAUCCAUGAUUAUGGACUACUCAUUCCUGGUUGGCAUACACGUGUUGCCGAUGACAGGUAACACCUUGUCCUCUGUGAACCCCGGCGGAUUGCUAGGUAUGCUGACACGCAGUGUGACAGACACCACAUUGAGGACAAUCACCACUUUAGGGUAUACUACCGCAGGGGAUCGACUAGAAUCACCUGGUGCUGAUGUUGCUGAAUUCGCACGCAGCGGUGUGUUCCUCGACGGCCGCUGCUUCACCGCUGAUCAGGGUGGCAUGUUGAGCAACAAGGUGCCUGGACUGCGACAGGAAAUAUACUACAUCGGCAUCAUUGACAUUUUGCAAGAGUACACCGCACGUAAAGCUCUCGAGAAUGCUGUGCUCGGGUCCAUAUAUGAUCGUAAACGCAUUUCAUGUGUCCAACCGAACGACUACGCAGCUCGUUUCAUUGCGUUCAUCUCAUCUAUCAUUGUGUAA